GUUGUCUAAGGUUUGACAUCCGCUUCCCAUCAGUUCAGUCCGAAGUCAGGGUUCCGUGUUGUGUUGUUGUUUCUUGACGUCGCGAAUGGUGAGGCGAGGGCAUCGUAGUUAGCUGAAAACUGUGCAAUAAAAGAUACGGUUCAGUUGCGAUAAUGGGUAAUCAGGUCAUACGGGGUACCAUGGGGGGUCAUAAGAAAGCAAUCACGGUAUCAUCCACGGGAAAUGAUGUUACAACGAAGAAAGGCAUGUCACGAAGUGCUUCUGGGGCCGACAUUGAACACACGUCGCACACGCAAUUCGAACCGAUUGACAAACUCGCCAAGAUUCUAACAGAACGAUCGCAGCAAGAGGAAUCUGUUAAUGGAGUUACUGAGAAUGUAUUCAAACGAUAUAUGUUUCCGCAGUAUCCUAAGCUUGCGGAGAAGUUGUUUUUGUUUUUACACCGUCAGUCAAAAGCAACAACGUCCCACCUCGGAACUUCUGCAUUCAGACAGCAGAUUGAAAGGUUUCUUUCGAUCAUGAAUGACCAAACGAUAUUGGAAAAUUAUGUGAAGAUGUACGCCAGGCAAAGCAUAGACGUAGCCCCUGAAGGCUUAGAUGAUUUACUAAUGGUUACUUAUCAAUUAGCUGUGGACAGUUCAAGUGGAGGACCACAACGCUGCCCACACAUUCAUCGUACAAUCGAAUCUGUUACCAAAUCUUGUUUUCAUGGCAAAGAAGUCCUAUCUGUGAGCUAUGUGAGCAAUUGGUUAUGGCAGAAUUGCCCACGUUUAUUUAAUGGCCUACAUCGUUAUAUCGUCCACGCUUUCACAACGGCAUAUCGAAAUGGCGCAGCCUUACUUUCUGAAGUUCAAUCACGACCACAAUUAGCAGCAGCCACACCAGUUCUGGAGCAAUCUUCACCUUUCGAUGGAUCAAAACCUCUGCUUCCUUUAAGCCAUGUCUGGCUACUUUCUGGAAGUCUUCCGAUUUGUUACACACAGGCUGAGGCUUCUCCUACGGAAGGUACUCAAGCACUGAUAGCAAAAAUGGCUGGACCAACGUACCCCAGUCAUUGGACUCUUCUUUAUAACAGUGGGCAACACGGAUCUGGUGCCAACCGAUUCAUACACCAUGUCCUGGGAUAUAAGGGCCCUACGUUAUUGUUCCUUAGGGGUGUGAGUCCUGAGGAAGGAGGCGAUCGCCCAACAUACUGCAUAUGUUCGGCUGUUGAAUGGCGUGAAUCUCACCUCUAUUGGGGUGACGAAGAUUCCAUGGUUAUAGAGCUUGCACCUACAUUUAGAAUCGUGGAAAGAGGACCAAAGCUAGUAUAUCUAAACACAAUGAUCCGUGGCUAUCCGCAAGGUGUUAGAGCCGGUAGCGAUCCUCGAAAUCCUUGUGUCGAUUUGGACAAAUCGUUCCAGUGCCUUAAACUUAACGGUGUACCUUAUCGUCUUGAUAGCUUGGAAGCUUGGGGUUGUGGAGACAGGAAAUCCAGAGAAUUACAAUUAGAAAUUAAAAAGUGGCAAGUCAAAGAAGCUGAGAAACAGAGGGUGGUCAAGCUAAGUACGACUGAUUGGUUGGAUCACCCGGACCGCUACCUUCUUGAACUGGGUGGACGAACAUCUUACAAUAAUGCGGGUAGCUAGAUAGAUUGACAUGGGUGCUCCUUUAGUUCUGUACAUAUGUACAUACUGUUAUGAUCUUCGUUAUUGCCAAAUGAUAAAGCAGCCCAACUAGCCUUUGUACACAUCAAAUCGAUAAAAAUGUCCUAUCAAGAGAGUGGACAUGUGCUAACACUGUAAGCCUAGUACUUAUAGCUCAGUAAGGUUUUCUGAGAUUCGCACAAAGUACUGAUUUCAUGCUAGAACCGAGAGUAUUUUACUCACAUAGCAGAGACUGUGUUAGUACUAGAAAAGUAGGUUGUUCGUUUAUUAAAAAAAAAUUCACCAAAAAGUAUUGAAUGUUUAAACAAUAUUCAAAGCAUCAUGGAUUUGACAUUUUUUAAAUUUGCAAAUAUUUGUAGCCUUUAAAAUUGCUCAACAUAUUUAUAUCUCCACAAAGUGAGGGAUCAAACAACUGCUACUUACUUACUAUUGUGAGGCGCUAGUUUUUACAGGCAAGAAACUUAAUUUUUCGAAUUGUAUUAUAGAUCCCGUCAACGAAUGUACCAGCAUUACAAAUUCCUUUUUUCCGUUAUUUGUUUAAUACCGUGUAGAAUAAGUGACUGCUUUGGGCUGAUUUUUAUGUUUUUCCAAUGAAAUUUAUUCACUUUAAUAUUGCAAGUGAACAUUUGCAGUUUAAUUUAUAGAUAUAUUGAACGAAUUCGUGGGUGUCGCACCCAGGCCUAUGUCCAUAACCUUACUCAAGCAUCAGUAUAAGUCUUUUAGCUUUUACUCUAAUUAUUAAUUAGUAAUUAUUAAAGAAUACAACGGCCUUAAUACUUGUCUUGAGUAUCUCAAUUAAGGGUACUCAAAUAAAAUAUGUAAUUAUAUGAUGAAGUUAUCGAUUAUUAUCGAUAAUGUACUUAACGACCGGGUAUUGGACAUUCCCCCGCAGGAGUGAGCCUAUUUUGCUCUCCUUUGUAAAGUAAUAUCUUUUAAACAAUGUACGUCGACCUGUUACAGCAGUUUUUAAUUAUUGAAACAUGUACUUAAUACGAAGUGUACAAGCUUAUUAAACUACUAUUACUUUUAAACCGACAUAUUGUAGAUUAAUCUACAGGCCUGUGUAAUUUUAACUAAGAAAAUCUUUGAAGCAGUUUAUUUUUGUAACUGUAGAAUCCUAUUCUAGAUAUUCUAGAUCUACAUCUGCAAAAUUUUUAAUGUUUAAAAAACAAAAUAGGAUCGGAUCUUAUAGAAUUUUCUUUCACACAUUAAUGAUCUGCAGCUUGUAGCAAUUUUUUGUGCAACGUUAAGAGGACAAAUUUCAAAGAAAAAAGAAUACGGUUCUUGGUGUAACAUUGGUCAAAUUUGAAAAUCUAAUUCUUUCAAUGGAGUUCGCCCGUAACUGUCUCAACGUCCUCAAAGUGUGAACAGUGUAGGUAUUUUAAAAUUCAAACUUUCGCAUCAUCAUAUAAUAGUGAUAUUAAUUUUUUUAAGUUUUCAUUGUAGGAUAAUAAUUUCCGUGAAAAAUAUAAUUCGGAGACUCAGUAUUACGCAAGUUGCAUGUACGUGAAAUAAAUUGUUGAAGUACCACUAAACUACACUACUAGAUAAACCUAUAUAUGAAGACCACAGUUGGAGCCUUUCAGAACCUUAUCUACUGAUGCGUAAUUAAUAUAACAAAUAAUUAUUGUGUAACAGGUUGUCCGUAUUAAUAAAUGCACGAUGUAUGUGCUUGAAUUGA